AUGUCACAAACAAAGCCCGAAGAGAAAGAACACACGGAGCCGCAAGUUUGCUGCUCAAACGAUGGAUUCGAAUACAAAGAUCUCUCGCCCGAACAAAAGGAAGUCAGCGACAUUCUUCGCCGCAUGGAGUGCGACCCUUACUUAAUGGCCUACACACACCUCGGCGAUGAUGGGGUCAUCCGCCAAAUUGAUGCCGAUAACAAGAUUAUUUACGCCGAGGGCUUACGACCUGCUUUGAUUAAAGGAUUUCUUGACCGUUUACCCUACGACGAGGAGGCAGAAAAGUCCCUCCGUGGCGUUGAUGGAACCAAAGUACCCAAAGAGUACUGGUAUAAUCCUCCAAAGGGCAUCCUUCCUCCGCCAACACCUGAAGAGAUUAGGAAAGAGAGCUUGGAGGUUUUGGAGAAGAACAAAGAGAAGAUGGACAAGAUCAGGCAGGAUUUGAAGGAUGGUGUUUACGAGGAACCGCGGGUCGUCUUGGUAUCGGAUCAUAAGAUUCUCUAG